GUUUCCCUCUCCCAGUCGUCCUCACUCUAACGCCAAAAUGUCGAAAUCUAAAACAGUCAGCGUCCGCAUCACGACGAUGGACGCCGAGCUGGAGUUCUCGAUCAAGCCCAGUACGACGGGGAAGCAGCUCUUCGACCAGGUGGUUCGAACGAUCGGGCUCCGCGAGAUCUGGUACUUCGGGCUUCAAUUUGUCGACAGCAAGGGCUUCACGAGCUGGCUGGUUCUAACCAAGAAGGUUCUCCAGCAGGUGGGUAAGAAGCAUGACAAUCCCAUCCAGUUCAAAUUCCGCGCCAAAUUCUACCCUGAGGACGUGGGCGAGAUUAUCCAGGAGUCUACUCUGCGGAUGUUCUACCUGCAAGUGAAGAACGCCAUCCUAAGCGACGAGGUCUACUGUCCGCCCGACGCCGCCGUGCUCCUCGCCUCUUACGCCGUGCAGGCUAAGUACGGCGACUUCAACCAGGACUACCAUAAGCCUGGUUUCCUCGCCAACGACCGCCUUCUUCCCCAGCGCGUGUUGGACCAGCACAAGCUGACUCGUGACGCGUGGGAGGAGAAGAUUGCCACGUGGCACAAGGAGCACAAGGGUCGUAUUAGAGAGGAAGCUAUGCUGGACUACUUGAAACUGGCCCAAGACCUGGAGAUGUACGGUGUCAACUACUUCGACAUAAAGAAUAAGAAGGGUACUGACCUCACGCUUGGCAUUGACGCCCUGGGCAUCAACGUCUUCGAGCGAGGUGACAGACUGACCCCGAAGAUCGGCUUCCCUUGGUCCGAGAUCCGGAACAUCACCUUCCACAACCGCAAAUUCAUCAUCAAACCCAUCGACAAGAAAUCGCCGGACUUUGUCUUCAAUUCGUCGCACGUCCGGAUCAACAAGACCAUCCUGGCACUGUGUAUGGGCAAUCAUGACCUCUUUAUCCGACGUCGUAAAGCGGACACGAUCGAGGUUCAGCAGAUGAAGAUUCAAGCCCGGGAGGAGAAGAUGUCCAAGAAAAUGGCCGUGGAGAGGCUCGCUAGAGAAGUGUCCCUUCGAGAGGAGGCAGAGAAGAGGCAGAAGGACUUCGAGGAGCGCCUCCAGAGCAUGAACAAGGAGAUGGAGAUACGGCAGAAGGAACUCCUCAGUGCCCAAGAGACGAUCCGCCGCCUGGAGAUACAGCUGCGAGAACUCCAGGAGGCUAAGGACGAGCUCGAGGCGAAGCAGAAGGAGCUGCAGAUGAUGAUGGCGCGGCUGGAGGAGACCAAGGAGAUGGAGGCCGGCGAGAGGGUAAGGUUGGAGGAGGAGAUCAGGAACAAGCAGGACGAGAUUUCGCGCAUUCAGGACGAGGUCAGCGUCAAGGAUGAAGAGACAAGGAGACUUCAGUCUGAAGUGGAAGAGGCUCGGCGGAAGGAAGAGGAGGCGACGCUGGCUCUGCUAGCGGCCUCGACGGCUCAGAGAGUCUCCAAGGUCUCUUCCUCCUCCUCCUCCUCCGACGCCGAGGAGGAAAUGCAUCGCCCCAAGACCCCCGUGGUCGAGAAAGUCGAGGCUGCCCUUGUCCAGAGUGCGUACAACGGCAACGAUUUCUUUGAACCCGAGGCCGAGGUUAAACGCCGAAGCAGCAGCUCCUCCUCCGAGAGCCACACCAUGGCGCCGGUCAACGUCAAGCCAGAGCUUCUCGAGAUCCAGGAGCCCAAGGAGGAUGAAGCUUCCAUCAGGAGGAUGAAGCUGCUGGAGGACGUGAAGCAGUCCCUGGCAGCCGAGCGCAAGCCCGACCAGCUGACAAUCCUCGACAAAAUCUACAACGCGAACAUCAGCAAAGGCAACACCAAGUACAAGACGCUGCGGCAGGUGCGCCAAGGGAACACCAAGCGACGUGUCGACCAGUUCGAGAACCUUUAAUUUUCUCUUUUUUUUCUCUUCUUUUUUCUUUAUUUUCUCUUGUUUACGAAUUCUCAGACAAGAGUGGCGAAAUAAAGGCUUUUGACUGUUGAGAAUCUAUUUACCUGCGUCGCAUGAACCAAUUUGAGAACUUGCAUAUAUAUAUAUAUAUAUAUAUAUAUAUAUAUAUAUAUAUAUAUAUAUAUAUAUAAAUAUAUAUAUAUUAUAUACAUAUAUAUAUAUAUAUAUACAUAUAUAUAUAUAUAUAUAUAUAUAUAUAUAUAAUAUAUAUAUAUGUAUAUAUAUAUAUAUAUAUAUAUAUAUACAUAAUAUAUAUAUAUAUAUAGAUAAUUUUCUCCUCAGAUAGGGAAAAGUAAUAACUAUUGUUUGCUUUUUAACCAUUAUUGUUAUGGUUUUAGCAAUUGUCAUUUUUCCUUAGUUAUCGGCCGAGCUUUUGUUUUUCUUUUCUUUUUUUAGUUACAUUUUUUUCAUGUUUCUUGGUAUGAUCCAUAACGUGUAGAUUAUUAAGUAUACAUAUGUUUAGUUAAAUUUAAUAUUUGGUUAAUAUGGUAGAGAUGCAAUAUGUAUAAAAAUUGAAUUGCAUUAUUUUCUCUUUUUUAUGGUAUGUUCCAAAAAUUUAAUUCAUAUCUUUUUGUAAAGAUCAGCAAGUUUUUAAAGAGAAAUAAGAUAUACAGAUUAUUUUGCAAUGUUGACUGUAUCUGAGUAAAAUUUCUUUCUCCAUUUUACGAAGUAAUUAUUAAAUUAACUUAAUGGAAUGCCUUUGAGUUCCUGAUUACUUAAUUAAGAUGUGUAUAUUAAACUAUAUUUUUAUCGUAGGCAAAUUCAGCUACGUAAUUUGUAGAGAAUAGUAAUUGACUGAUUUGUAGUCAUCUAAUUUUAUGUUUUGCUGACAAUUUCUUAGUUGCCCAUGUUGUAAAAAGGUAGUGAUGAUAAAUGAAUGGAUAAAUUAAUGAAAAUUUAAAAAAAUAAAAUCUAUAAGAUUAUG